AAGACGGAGACAAAAGAGGCUGCGGCUGCAUUCAGAGCUGCUGCUCUGUCCGUCUGCGAAGCCACAAGCAAACCGCAUCCCCCACCCCACACCCCCUCCCCUCCCCAACAAGGGCCUCGCGCCACAGAGUGACGGAUACGGAACCGGAGCCCUCCAUCCAUCUGCGGUUCGGUGGUCGCUGGACUCGGGAGAAGAGCUCGUUUCUCUUCGGACAGGCCGUCUCUCUCUUCCUCCACUCCGCCGUGCGUCCGUCGGUCCGCCUGCGCGUCCGCGCUGCGCGUCCACAGCGGCGUGGGCUCGGAGAUCCAGCCCAGAACAAAGGAGUGUUGGAGCCCGGGGGAUGAGCGAGUCGAGACUGGCCCUGGCGUUCUCCUGAAACCGGGCCAAAUGCCUCUGUGAGGGCUGCACGCGCGCACCGGCUGCUGCUCCACUUUCCAGGCGAAGCUUUCCCCCGUCUCUCAGAAGGAGAAAGAGCCACGAGGACGCACUGCCAGACCCCCUCCUCCUCCCCCGGUAACAAUGUUUCCCCAGAACCGACCUCCGGCUCCUCUGCAGCCUCCCCCUGGGUCCUCAGCCUCAGUGGUAGCUGCAGCCGCCGCCGCCGCCGCCGCAGCUUCGGGUACUCCCCAGUCACUGAAGCUAACCUACCCGGAAACUCUGGAUCGCAUCAAGGAGGAGUUUCAGUUCCUGCAGACUCAGUACCACAGUCUGAAGCUGGAGUGUGAGAAACUGGCCACAGAGAAGACGGAGAUCCAAAGACACUACGUUAUGUAUUAUGAAAUGUCUUACGGCCUUAACAUUGAAAUGCACAAGCAGACGGAGAUCGCCAAGCGGUUAAACGUGAUCUGCGCUCAGCUCAUCCCAUUCCUGUCACAGGAGCAUCAGCAACAGGUGGUCCAGGCAAUGGAACGUGCCAAACAGGUGACCAUUGGGGAGCUAAAUGCUUCGAUAGGGCAGCAGAUUCAGGCGCAGCAUCUCUCCCAGCAUGCCCAGGGCUUGCCAAUGGGCCCACACCCCUCAGGGUUGCCCCAUCCCAGCCUAGCGCUUGGCGGCGGGUCGGGCUUGUUGGCCCUGUCCGGGGCUCUGGGGGCCCAGCUCGCCGCCAAAGAUGAGAGGGCUCAUCUUGAGGCGGCGGCGGCGGCGGCAGCUGCUGCCUCUGCAGCAGAGCACCACAGAGAUCGUGAAGCGGGACCUAGCUCUCUGUCCAACGGGGAUAAGGGGCGUCCAGCAGACUACCUCAGCAAUGGCAAGAAGAGGAAAGCGGAUGAGAAGGAGUUCAUGACCGACUAUGGCAGCGAUGCAGAUAAGAGCGACGAUAACCUGGUGGUGGACGAGGAUCCAUCGUCCCCCCACAGUGUGCAGUCCUACUCAUCCAGGGAAAACGGUCUGGAUAAAAUGCCCCCAUCCCGUAAAGAGGGGCCCCCUCAGGCCAGCCCGACCUCCUUGGCCUCAUCCAGCAGCGCUGCCUCCCCCUCUCGUGGCAAAGAGCCCCCUCAGAGAGAGAAAUCGAGCACACCAGGAAUGAAGCCGGGGACCCCCAUGUCCCAGGACUCCAGCACCCCAGGACCAAGCGGGCCUCCACAAUUCCGACCUGUUCCGGGAAAGCCGGGCGUCGACCCCCUCGCUUUGGGUCUGAGAAACCCUCUGGCAGUGCAGGGAGCAUACCCCCCAGGAGCCUUCGGUCUGCCUCCCCCCGGGGUGAAUGGGGACCUGCCCGGGGCGGCGGGCUACGGCGCCGGCCUCCACCUGGUCUCCCCUCAGAUGAACGGAGCGGCGGCGGCGGCGGCCGCUGCCGCGGCGGGUUAUGGACGGUCCCCUGUGGUGGGUUAUGAGUCCCCACACCCACACAUGAGGGUCCCUGGACUUCCUGCCAGCCUCCAGUCGGCUUCAGGAAAACCCGCCUACUCGUUCCACGUCAGCGCAGACGGGCAGAUGCAGCCGGUGCCAUUCCCCCCCGACGCCCUGCUGGGGCCGGGCAUCCCGCGUCACGCCCGUCAGAUCCACACGCUCAGCCACGGAGAGGUGGUGUGCGCCGUGACCAUCAGCACCUCCACCCGCCACGUUUACACUGGAGGCAAGGGCUGCGUCAAAGUGUGGGACAUCAGCCAACCCGGGAGCAAGAGCCCCAUGGCCCAGCUGGACUGCCUGAACAGAGAUAACUACAUCCGAUCCUGCAAGCUGCUGUCAGACGGGCGAACCUUGAUUGUGGGCGGGGAGGCCAGCACGCUGUCCAUCUGGGAUUUGGCCACGCCCACCCCACGCAUCAAGGCGGAGCUGACGUCGUCCGCCCCCGCCUGCUACGCUCUGGCCAUCUCCCCCGACAACAAGGUGUGCUUCUCCUGCUGCAGUGACGGAAACAUCGUCGUCUGGGACCUGCACAACCAGACGCUGGUCAGGCAGUUCCAGGGCCACACCGACGGCGCCAGCUGCAUCGACAUCUCCAACGACGGCACCAAACUCUGGACGGGAGGCCUGGACAACACGGUCCGCUGCUGGGACCUCAGAGAGGGCCGGCAGCUGCAGCAGCACGACUUCACCUCACAGAUCUUCUCUCUGGGCUACUGUCCGACAGGCGAGUGGCUGGCUGUGGGGAUGGAGAGCAGCAACGUGGAAGUCCUGCACGUCUCCAAACCCGACAAGUACCAGCUGCACCUCCACGAGAGCUGCGUCCUCUCCCUCAAGUUCGCUUAUUGCGGUAAAUGGUUCGUGAGCACUGGAAAAGAUAACCUUCUGAACGCAUGGAGAACGCCGUAUGGAUCCAGCAUAUUCCAGUCCAAGGAGUCUUCAUCGGUUCUCAGCUGUGACAUCUCACCCGAUGACCAGUUCAUCGUCACGGGAUCCGGAGACAAGAAGGCCACAGUCUAUGAAGUCAUCUACUGAACUCUGCUUGAUAAAAACCAGGGGGGGCGGAGCCAAGGCUCCCUGCUGCACCAAUGACUGUACAGAGCAUCGGUGGCGUGGAAACCAAGAGACACUCCGCUUGUCCCAUUGUUUAGUUCAGUUAUGAGAAUUAAAAAGGAAGAAAGGCGCAAAGUCAUAUCUCUGGAAAAAAACGUUGCUGUCUAACCUCUGAAAAUGCUCGUCUAUGGCUGUGCAGAUGUGGGAUUCCUCCAAAGAGCUUUUGCUUUUUCUUACUUAUUUUUAAUUUUUUAAUGAAACAUCUGUAGUGAUCAAGGGGG